AGACAGCUGUAUAACUAAAGCGUAUGUGGUCGACUGACGUUACCAAACAAUGUUCAUGCUAAGACUAACAUAAGGAUUGAAAAGAGGAUUUGUGAAGACUAUAACAGUGGAACACCCUCCCCCCUCCUCUCCUCCGUACUCUGAUCACUGAGGAUUAUAUCUUUGCAAUUUAAACUUAGCAGGACAUUCUCCGCCCCCAAAAUAUACAAUUUCAGAUAACACUGGCAAUCCGACUCUGUGCCCGGACUGGCAACUGUUGCAGAGACGAUAAAGGGGGCAGAGAUAUGGCCAGAGAGUGGAGGUGAAAGCGUGAGAGCACACCAACUAGUAGGCAGGAUGACAAACAAGUCGACAGCCAACCAGUCCAACACAAAAAAGGAGACAGAAGAAAACCAGCGAGAUGACAACACAGACGUUGCGUAUAAAGAUGCAGGUCACUGCAGCCGCAACACGCACAACCUACUGCUGGGACUCACUGUUUUGGGUGUUGUCAUGGGAGUGGGCUUUGGGAUGCUGCUGCGGUACAUGAAGGUGACGGACAGCUCUGCCCUCACUAUGGUUUCUUUCCCUGGAGAUAUCCUCAUGAGGAUGCUGAAGAUGCUCAUCCUGCCUCUAAUCAUCUCCAGCCUCAUCACAGGGCUGGCUGGUCUAGACGCCCGCUCCAGUGGCAGGAUGGGUAGUAGAGCCAUGGUGUAUUACAUGUCCACCACUAUAAUCGCUGCCAUCCUCGGGGUCAUCCUGGUGUUGGGGAUCCACCCGGGGAACCCCAAACUAAGGGGAGGCUCGUCAAGCUCAGUCCCGAAGAACCAGGAGGUCAGCAGUCUGGACGCCUUCCUCGACCUGCUCAGAAACCUUUUUCCUGAGAACCUGGUGCAGGCCUGCAUCCAACAGGUUCAGACGGUGCUGAAAAAGGAUCUGGUUGCAGCACCAAACCAAACCGAACCUGUCUUAGUGAGCAGGAAGAAACUGGAGUACAAAUGGGGCAUGAAUGUCCUAGGCUUGAUUGGCUUCUUCAUCACCUUUGGGAUCUGCAUGAGCAGGAUGGGCGAGCGAGGGAAGAUCAUGUGCGACUUCUUCAACAUCCUCAACGAGAUCAUCAUGACGAUGGUUUCCAUGAUCAUGUGGUACUCUCCUAUCGGCAUCGCCUCACUGAUCGCGGGGAAGAUUGCGGCCAUCGGGGACCUGGAGAUGGUUGCCAGGCAGCUGGGCAUGUACAUGGUGACCGUCAUCGUGGGCCUGGUGAUCCACGGGGGCUUGAUCCUUCCUGCUAUAUUCUUUGCAAUCACCAGAAAAAGCCCCUUUACUUUCUACUCUGGAAUCUUCCAGGCUUGGAUCACAGCUCUGGGCACUGCUAGCAGUGCAGGAACGUUACCCGUCACCUUCCGCUGCCUAGAAGAAAAUCUGAAGAUUGAUAAGCGAGUGACUCGCUUCGUGCUGCCCAUAGGUGCCACCAUUAACAUGGACGGCACUGCGCUGUAUGAGGCUGUGGCAGCCAUCUUUAUUGCCCAGAUGAAUGACAUCACCCUGGACAGCGGACAGAUCAUCACUGUCAGUAUGACUGCCACCCUGGCCAGUGUCGGAGCUGCCAGUAUUCCCAGUGCUGGACUGGUUACCAUGCUACUGAUCCUGACGGCUGUGGGGCUGCCUACUCAGGACAUCAGUCUGCUCAUCGCUGUCGACUGGCUGCUUGACAGAAUGCGUACCUCCAUCAAUGUGGUGGGCGACUCGUUCGGCGCCGGGAUCGUGGACCACUUGUCGAAGGCAGAGCUUGCCGAACUUGACGCAGCAGAAAUGCAAAUGCUCCAGCCAGAGGAGGAGCUCGAUUUCAUCCCUCCGCCCCCGAUCCUCACCGAGAUGGACCUGAUUGACCCCAUCAAACCGCCUGCGCUGCCACCCCGCUCCCCUCGCCCACCCAAACAAAACCACCACAGUCUCUCCCAGUCUCAAUCCAUCACUUACUCACCGUCCCGUUCUAUCCGAUCUCCAUCCCCACACUCUAUCCGCUCUCCCUCUCCGCACUCCGUCUGCUCCCACUCCCCCCGGCCUUUCCGUACCCAUUCACCAUGCCUCCUCCGCAGGACGGAGGCGGGCUACUGUGCCCUGCCCAGCUACGACAACCAGAUUCCCACAAUGCCUCGCUCCUACAGAGAGAGAGACAGGGAGCGGGAGCGUAUGAGGCGAGAGAGUGAAACCGAAGAGGAGGAGAGAGAGAGGGUUUUGGGUGAAGUAAGCGAUGGCGAGGAGAGUGAUGACACUGCCUAUGAUCGGAGGCACCCCAUGCUGCCGAGCGACCUGCCAUGAUUGGAGUUUUACCACCAAAAAGCUUCCUUAUCGACUAGUUUCCGUUUUAUGACAGCUUUUCGAGGUCCACAGUGGAUUUCUGGCUGGUUACAUUGCUACCCUCAGAUGUAUUUUCAGUUCACUGCUCUUAAAACAGAACUUUUGGAUAAGUGAUCAAUAAGCUCAAUUUGAGCUUGAUAUGAAUAUAUAUUAAAAAUGUUGAGAUGGCCCUUAAAACCAGGCCUGUUGGCCUUUGGUUUCCUGCAAAAGAGCUUAAAUGGACAGUUGUUUCCCCAGUUAAAUCAUGUCUCCAUCACUGUCUUGAUUUCCUAACCAAAUUUAAAAUGACCCUGUAUGUCUGAACUUCCUUAAAUUUGCCUGCUAGGAGAGAAAGUGUGAGUCUGCUCCCAAUGAUAGAAGUAUCUUGGUGUUACCAGCAUUUAAACGCGCAACCAUGAGUUAUUAGUUGAUCCUUUACCUUUGCUCAACUCCUUCUCUUCUACUUCUACUAAUUUUCCUGGAAGGAAUUCAAUUAACCAUUUUAUAGGAUGUUAUGUGCCGGGAUAUUUCAUGUCUGGGAGCAGAACAUUUCUGUAGUCUCCACUGGUUUCCUGCCAGUCGAGAAAUAGUCCAGCACAUACAGUAAGUGUCCAAAAAGCCACAACUUGGUUUUACACUUCUGUUUUUGUGUGGAUUAAACAAACAAAAUACAACAUGUUAAAGGGAUAGUUCAGAUAUUUUGAAGUGGGGUUGUAUGUGGUACUUAUCCAUAUUCAGUGACUAUUGAUCAGUAGAUGGCGGUGGACAGGCACAGAAGCUAAGCAAUGUACUGCUGUGGACCGAGGCAGCAGAUAAACGUUUUAGCCACCUAAAAAAAUGGCAACCUAAAAAAA